CGAUCGCCCAAGCUAAAUGACGUGGGGUACUCGUCCUCUGCACCUUCAACACGCCGAAAGAAAGGUAUGACAAAAUUCUUUGCUUUACCUAUCGUAUCGCGAAAAAACAUUGAGCUUUAUCUGCUUCUCUUCUGCUUGCAGCCUGACCUGAAAAUGUCCUCUUGUGAGCUUUCUUCUUCUUGAGCCUCAUCUGAGUAAAAGUUUCAUUCCUUCCUUCGAUUCUUGGUUCUCCUCUUCCACUGCACCUCCCUCCCUGUAUCGAAACAACCCCGCCUCGUAUUCCUGUCCCACCACGAAUCCAUCCCGGACUCUAACACACGUUCGACACCAUGGCGGGGGAAGCCGUGACUCCUGCGAAGAGACGCCGGAUUGGCGUCAUGACUAGUGGAGGUGACUCUCCUGGCAUGAAUGGAGCUGUCCGCGCCGUCGUCCGCAUGUCUAUUCACAUGGGCUGUGAGGCCUAUGCCAUCUUCGAAGGCUACGAGGGACUCGUAAACGGCGGGGACCUGAUCAAAGAGAUGAAGUGGGAAGAUGUGAGAGGAUGGCAGUCACGAGGUGGGACACUGAUCGGCACAGCAAGAUGUAUGCCGUUUAUGGAGAGAUGGGGCAGGUUGAAAGCAGCAAAGAACAUGAUCCUACGAGGUAUCGAUGCACUAGUCAUCUGUGGUGGUGACGGCAGUUUGACGGGUGCCGACAAAUUCAGAGCAGAGUGGCCUGGCCUGAUCAAUGAGUUGGUCGAGACUGGAGAGCUGACACAAGAACAAAUUGACCCCUACAAACAUCUCAACAUUGUCGGACUGGUCGGCUCCAUAGAUAAUGACAUGUCAGGCACCGAUGCCACCAUCGGUUGUUACUCCUCCCUCGAUCGAAUCUGUUCCGCUGUCGACGACGUUUUUGAUACCGCCGCAUCUCACCAAAGAGGCUUUGUGGUUGAGGUCAUGGGUCGACAUUGCGGCUGGUUGGCCUUGAUGGCUUCCAUAGCUACUGGGGCGGACUUUGUUUUCAUUCCUGAAAAGCCUCCUCGAGCAGAUUGGGAAGACCAAAUGUGCGACAUCAUCAAGAAACACAGGUCACGAGGCAAGAGGAGAUCGAUUGUCAUCAUUGCCGAAGGAGCACACGACGAGAAUCUGAAGAAGAUUACCGCAAACCAGGUCAAAGAUCUCUUGACGAACAAACUCAAUCUGGACACUAGGGUGACAGUCCUCGGACAUACUCAGCGAGGAGGACAGGCCUGCUUCUAUGACCGCUGGCUGUCCACCCUACAAGGGGUUGAGGCUGUCAAUGCAAUUCUCGAAGCCACACCUGAGACACCCACACCGGUCAUCACCAUUCGUGAGAACAAGAUCGAGAGAUCCGAUCUGAUGGAGGCUGUGGCGAUGACGAAAGCAGUUAACGCUGCUAUAGCGGCCAAAGACUUUGACAAGGCUAUGCGGUUGCGAGAUGUGGAAUUUAAGGAAUACUACAACAGCUACAUAAUUACCACGUCUACCGACCAUCCGAAGCUACGUCUGCCGGAUAACAAGACGAUGCGCAUCGCCAUUGUUCACGUCGGCGCCCCUUGCGGUGGCAUGAACCCCGCAACCCGGGCUGCUGUGGCUUAUUGUCUGACCAGAGGCCACACUCCAAUCGCAAUUCACAACGGUUUUCCCGGCUUGCAGCGUCAUCAUGAUGACAAACCAAUAGGUGCUGUGCGCGAGGCUAAGUGGAUUGAUGUCGAUCCAUGGGUCAACGAGGGUGGAUCUGAAAUUGGCACGAAUCGAGGACUUCCCAGCGCAGACUUUAAGAAAACAGCCGAGUGUUUCGAGUUGUACAAGUUCGACGCCAUGUUGUUGAUUGGAGGUUUCGAGGCUUUUACGGCCGCCAGCGAGCUGAGAAAAGCCCGUGCAGAAUACCCAGCCUUCAAGAUCCCACUGAUUGUGCUGCCGGCGACAGUAUCGAACAAUGUUCCCGGCACGGAAUACUCACUUGGAAGCGAUACCUGCCUCAAUACCUUGAUCAGCUUCUGCGAUGCAAUCAGACAGUCGGCCUCCUCAUCCAGAAGACGAGUAUUUGUCAUCGAAACUCAAGGUGGUCGGUCCGGAUAUCUGGCUACCAUGGCUGGUUUGUCAGUCGGUGCACUUGCAGUCUACAUUCCCGAGGAGGGCAUCAACAUUCACAUGAUUGCUCGGGAUAUUGAGUUCCUGCGAGAGAACUUUGCCAAUGAUCAAGGAGCAUCUCGAGCAGGAAAGAUUAUACUUCGAAAUGAAAAAGCCAGCACGACAUACACGACGGAGAUUAUUGCCGACAUGAUCAAAGAAGAAGCCCGAGGUCGGUUUGAGUCGCGCUCAGCAAAUCCGGGACACUAUCAACAAGGAGGCAAACCAUCGCCUAUGGAUCGGAUAAGAGCCCUUCGGAUGGCCAUCAAGUGUAUUCAACACAUUGAGGACAGGUUUGCCGGCAAGACCAAGGCUGCCAUUGCGGACGAUCCGAUGUCUGCGGCGGUGAUUGGAAUACAAGGUUCCGAGGUCGUCUUCACACCUAUGGGUGGCGAGACUGGACUUGAGUCCCAGGCAACGGAUUGGACCGACCGUCGACCCAUGAACGAAUUCUGGAUGCCCAUGAAGGAUAUCGUGGACAUCUUGAGUGGCCGGCCAAGGCUAGGCGACUGCUGUGAGGAAUGUGGAAAACCACUUUCGGGGGAGAUUUCUAGAUCCAAGUUGCCAAAAUCAGAGCAAUGAAAGACAAAACAAGAAGCUUACUACGGGCGUUUGGGCUGCUGGAAUGAAAGGGAUGGCAAGACGGAAGCAAGCGCUGCAAGUGUUGGAGCAAGACCUCUCCUUUUCAUCAAUACCCACGAGUAAGACUUCGCCCGAAUGCGGAAUUUUACAACAGACGUAGAAUAAGAACCAAGGAGUGGACGACGCUUCUUCUGGCAUACCAUCCAUCGAAUGAAAAUGCAUUUUAUGUUGA